AUGACCUGGCAGCGCGCCAGCGAGGCCUGGACACGAAGCGGCAGUGCCCCCCUGAGAACCCACCUGAGUCACCCGAAUCGGGAUAAGCUCAACGCCGGCCCGUGCCAGUGCGAUGCCCCGCAAGGUAUUCUAGAGUCCAUGGCGGAUGUGGAGAUGACCGAGAUCGUCGGUCUGGAAAAGCUUGUCAUGAAUAGUGGGAAUCCGAAGCGUCUGGCCCGCGGCCUCAUUCGAUCUGUGUUGCGUCACACACCGCCUCUUGGGACGACAGACAGCAUGCCGACUCCUGCGCUCCUCAUUGCCAGGAGGUUGUGGCCGCACUGCUGUGCGACCACCUCCGAAUCGACCUUCAUCCAAAUCAUCCUGGCCUUGAGGCCGUGA